AUGAGCGGUAUACAGCGAUUUCUUCGAUUAAGUGUUGCCGAGGCCGAAGCGGCCAUGAAACCCAAAUUAGUAGAAGGAAAAUGGAAACAGCCGAUGAUUUCUGGUCGAAAGAUUGCCAUGGUGAAAAAAUACGCAGUGCGUAAUAACCUCGUAGGGAUGUGGGAGGAAGGCAAAGGCGGUUGGCUUGAGACAUGGGAUCGACCGCAGAAACAUCACGUGAUGCGACCGCUUAAGGGACAUAAAUCUCAGCGCAAUGAGUUUGAACGUGUUAAAAAGGUGCAAGCGGCACUAGCAGCUAUGCCCAGUAAGAUUGCAGAGCACAAGAAGGCAUUGAAGCAGUCAAAACCACUUAAGGGACUAGAGAAGUGGCUUAAUGAAACAGACCCGUAUUAG